CAUACAAUGGAUGUACUGCGUACUCUUAGGUACCCUAUACACGCAGCUUCAUGGUCCCGCCUAUGGUGAAGCUUCCGACUCCGUAAUUUUUUUCUCUCCCCCAAUUACUCACGAGUCAUAUCCUCGGCCCAUAUUCAAACUUCACCUCCCAAUCUUUCACGGUUCACGGUCCACGGUUCACCCAUACUUCAACACAUUUCGGUAUCUCUUAUUCAUACUACGUAGUCUACAUAGUCGUCAGCACUCACCAUGUCAGGCUUCGACACAUACAAGACCCCCUUGGACUCGCGCUACAGCAGCCCUGAAAUGAAGGCGCUGUUUGGUGCGAGGUCCCGCCAUUCCGUCUGGCGUAAGCUCUGGUACUGGCUGGCCCAGUCCGAGAAGGAGGUCGGUCUCGAGGGGAUCAGUGACGAGGCUCUCGCUCAGAUGGCCGAGCACCUCACCGUGACGGAUGAGGAUUUCGCCGUCGCUGCCAUUGAGGAGAAGCGCCGUCGUCAUGAUGUGAUGGCCCAUGUCCAUGCCUUCGGAGAGGUUGCCCCUGCUGCCGCCCCCAUUAUUCACCUCGGAGCCACCUCAUGCUUUGUAACCGACAAUGCCGAGUUGAUUCUCAUGAGGGAUGCCAUGGAUCUUCUUUUGCCCAAGCUGGCCAAGGUUAUUCGCAACUUUUCUCAGUUUGCUCUUCACACGAAGGAUAUUCCCACCCUUGGGUGGACACACUACCAGCCAGCCCAAAUCAUCACAACAGGACGUAGGGCUGCUCAAUGGGUGCAAGAUUUGAUGAUGGAUCUGAAGAAUAUUGAGAUUCAACGCCAAGGUCUUCUCUUCCGCGGCGCCAUGGGCACCACCGGCACCCAAGCUUCCUUUUUGGAGAUAUUCCAGGGCGACGGAGCCAAGAUCGACAAACUCAACGAGCUCCUCUGCCAAAAGGCCGGCUUCCCCAAGACAUAUGACAUCUCGGUCCAAACCUAUUCUCGCAAGGUCGACCUCGACAUCGCCAACGCCAUCUGCGGCCUGGGCACCACCGCCAUGCACAUCACGAGCGAUAUCCGCCACCUUGCCAACAUGAAGGAGCUGGAGGAGCCCUUCGAGAAGGACCAGAUCGGCUCGAGCGCCAUGGCCUACAAGCGCAAUCCCAUGCGCAGCGAGCGCAUCUGCUCCCUGGGCCGCAAGCUGCGCUCCCUGCCCGUCAACUUCGCCGACACGUACGCCGACCAAUGGUUCGAGCGGUCCCUCGACGACAGCGCCAUCCGCCGCAUCGACAUCCCCGAGAUGAUGCUGCUCGCCGACGCCAUCCUGAUCGGGCUCGACAACGUCAGCUCCGGCCUGGUCACCUACCCGAAGCGCAUCCACGCCCACGUCAUGGAGGAGCUCCCCUUCAUGGCCACCGAGAACAUCAUCAUGAAGAUGGUCGCCAAGGGCGGGUCGCGCCAGGAGGCCCACGAGCAGAUCCGCGUGCUCUCCCACCAGGCCAGCGACGUGGUCAAGAACCAGGGCGGCAAGAACGACCUCAUCGAGCGCAUCAAGGCCACCGAGUACUUCAAGCCUGUCUGGGACGAGAUCGACGGCCUCCUCGACCCCAAGCUGUUCGUCGGCCGCUCUGUCGAGAUGGUCGAGAGGUACUGCGGCGCGGGCGGCCCCGUGGAGGAGAAGCUGAAGCCUUAUGCAGAGUACAUUACCAAGGCUGGUACUGCCCAGCUCAAUGUCUGAGAAACGGUCCUUUUGUCACGUUACCGGGAUUUUUGAUUUCCCUUGUUAUGAAGUGGGAAGGGGGGGGGGGG